AUGCCACCACAAAAACAAACACCAGAAGAACAACAGGAGGAGCUCCGUGCGACUCUCGAAAAUUUCACAACCACUCUACGUGAGACUCUUCUCCAUGCUGUUGAAACAGCCCUUACAACGGUUAUUCAACGUCAACAACAACCACAAGACAAUGCAGCUAACCAACCUCGCGAAGAUGACACAGACGAAGAUUUAGCCGACAAUCUGUUCGCCAAUGAAGAACCACGCAAUAUCCGAAACCAAGUUCGUAAUGUCGCUCCAGCUGAGCAUCAACUCAACCGACGAGAACAUCAGCCGGAAGAAAGACGUUGGGAUAUGGGAUUUCACGUGGAGAUUCCUGAAUUUAACGGCAAUCUUAACACCGAAGAAUUCUUGGAUUGGUUAAGUUCUAUUGAAGAAAUCUUGGAAUAUAAACGUGUUCCGGGAGAUCAAUGUGUCCCUUUAAUCGCCUCACGCUUUAAAAAUAGAGCCAUGGCAUGGUGGCAACAGAUUAAAGAAUUAAGACAUCGUGCGGGUAAACCACGCAUAGAUACAUGGGAGCGACUCAAGAAACAUAUGCGCCGGGCAUUCUUACCGUACAACUACGAGCGCACCCUCUAUAAUAAACUCCAAACUCUCCGUCAAGGAUCUCGUUCAGUAGACGAAUAUGCAACAGAUUUUUUUCUUAUGGUAGCUCGAACCAUACUCGCGGAAACGGAGGAACAGCUGGUCUCCCGUUUCAUAGGGGGUCUACGCUUUCAGAUUCAAACCGCGUUGCAACAAUUCAACCCCACCACAGUCUCAGAAGCUCACCAGCGUGCCUUGGCCAUGGAGCUACAAUUCCGCUCCUCCUGGAAUUCAGGAACUAACAGAGCGCGUAACGGGUCUCAAUCCAGUGACUCAACAACGGCAACUGAUGCCACCCAACCACGAUUGUCUUCAACUCGAUCAGCUGAAGCACCAGCAACAAAUACAGAGACAAUUGCUCAAUCUCGACCUGCUCGAACAGGGGCCCUCCGUUGUUUCACAUGUGGAGAAACCGGGCAUAGACAAACAGCAUGUCCCAAUCAAAAUCGUCGUGGUCUCUUGAAUCAAGAUAUUAAUCUUGAGGAUGAACCAAAAUAUGAUGAGUAUGACUCCGACUCGCAACAAGAACCGGAAAUCGAACUCAUCGCCGGUGACACAGGCGCUCAUACGUUGGUCCUGCGACGUAACUGCCUCUUACCACGCUCAACACAAGAGUCAUGGUUGCGAUCAACGUUAUUCCGUUCUACAUGCACCAUUAAUGGAAAAAUAUGCAAACUCAUUAUUGAUUCCGGGAGCUGCACGAAUGUACUUUCGGCAUUGGCAGUAAAGAAACUCGACCUCAAAACCGUUGCUCACCCUUCUCCCUACAAGCUCGCUUGGCUUAAUAAAGGAAUCGAGAUCACAGUGUCUCGCCAAACUGAGGUAUCUUUUUCCAUCGGAUCCUAUCUCGACACAGUGUGCUGUGAUGUGGUUCCUAUGGACGCUUGCCAUCUUCUUCUCGGACGUCCUUGGCAAUUCGACAAGGACGCAACGCAUCGUGGUAAAUCAAACACGUACAGCUUUGAGUUCAAAGGUCGCACAGUCACUUUGCUACCCUCUCCGGAACAUCAAACUUCUGACGAAUCCUCAUCAUCAACGGCGACCACAUCAAAUACAAAACCGGGAACAACAUUACUCAUGCUUCCAAAAGCCGAGUUUGAAGCUCAGGUUUGA